AAAGCAGAAGUAUCCAUGUAGAGCUCUCACUGCUAAGAAGAUUUCUCUCACCAACCUAAAAAUGGCUCAGCCAUAUCCUUUAAAAGGAGACAUUGCAGUUAUUCAUACGACUGAAGAUGGAAAAAAUGAAUAUGUCAUAGAAAAUGCAGUACUGUACAAUGGAACCAAUAAAAAAAAGAGAUUUUUCAGGGGAGGUGAUAAAUUAUUGGAGGUAGACAACACUGACCUAGCAAGUGUUCCACCACUAAAACUCACUGAACUUCUCAGUACAGGAUCAGCAAUGUUGACAGUCCAUCGGAUGAACAGAAAGGAUCCAAAACCCCCUCAUUCGGAAUCAGUGUUCUACAAAUCAAAGUAUGAAGAAGACAUCAUCUUAAACCUGAGUCUAAACAUGGUGAAUGGAAAUGAUAUUGAAACUGAAACAAAUAAUGACAUGCUGAAAGAUUCUAAAAAUAAAAGUUUUGAAGAAAACCUUGAAUGUCCUACACAGAAUAAACCAGGAAAUUUUGAAAAGACAAUAGUGGUGACACUGAGUGAGUCAGGUAUCUUCAUAGUACGUGACAGGGGCCUACAAGAAGGAUGCAGAUGUAAAAACUGCAAUGGCUGCAAAAUUCAUGAUAUUAUCAUACAGUCAGGUGCCACUGAAAUAAGUUUUGUGUCACAAAAUAUUGCUUAUGCAAAAGAGGAAAAUAUUUUCCUUAAAAGCAGAAAGAAUGACCACUACCUCCACAAAUUCAGCAGUAAUGUAGUAGCUUGUCCGAUGAGAAUUUCAAAUUCAGAUGAAGCUAAACUGACAAUCUACUACUACAAAAGUUCACUUGAUGGACGAGAAUACUCAGGCAUGCCCAUUAUCCUAAAAUUCAGCUGUACAAAUGAAUACCUCUACUGUGAUAAAGUCAAUGACAAGGUGACUCUGAAACUUGAGAAAUGCUGUGAAAAAGAGCUGGAAUAUAUCGCAAAUGACAAACCUACAUGGAGCUUUGUAUUCUAUAUGACAGACAAAGGCGAUACCACCCGUCAGUUUGAAUCUGCAAAGUACAGGAACUGGUUUAUCAGCUGCCAGGAGAAAUUAAUUAAUCUCAAGAAGGAAGCAGGUGACUUUUUGGUCAUCACUAUACAAACAACUUAAGUGUUAAACUCUUCUUGCUCCUGGAGGGUCAAAUGUAAUCAAAUUAUAACAAAUGGAUAACUGUUCUACAAAUCUUUUAUUGUGUGUGUUACAUGUUAUUUAAAUAUACAUCACUCUAAAUUUAAAUAAUUUAUCAAUUUAAAGCCAUGUAAACUAUAGUUUACUAUACAUUUCAUGAAUUUAAGAGUUUGUGUGUGUGUGUGUGUGCCUGAAAAGCUGAAAUCCAGAUAGGUAUUGCAUGACCUAUUAGCCAACUGCCUAGGAAACUAAGAUCUCCAGAAUGCUGAUUCACUCCUUCUUCUAAUUUCCUGCGCGACUCUGAGCAAGUAUAGCAUGUCCACGUGCCAAUUCUCCAAUUGUGAAGUCAAUGUCUGUAAAAGGAUGUGCUAUACUUCAGUACUACUAAAGCAACUUACAAUAGCUUUUACUUUGGAAAGGCACUAUAUAAAUAAAAUGUUGUUGUGUCUGCUUUUGUCUGACUGCUUCAACAAUGUUCCUAACAUUUCUUUAAAAGAACACUGUUGUACAUUUAAACAGAGACAUUAUUCAGAUACAUGUGUGAAGUGAUACUUGUUUGAGGGAAAUGAGAAAAUUUCUAUAUGAAGGAAAUUAGAAAUUUUAAGGUUUGCUAUAUGAAACAUAUUGCUGAUUUCUGAAAAAUCUUUGUGAAGAAACUGGUUAGAUAUGGUAUAGCUUAUGUACAAGCCAGCCCAAAUAAACAAUUUAUGUUUUUGCAGAAUUACA